UUUUUGUGGCGUCUUGAAGCAUCAACUAAGAAGCUCCUUUAAACGUUGCAGGUCCUACAGUUAGCCUUCAAAGAAGAUUUGCUCUUUCUGUUGGAUAGCUACUUCGCCGUCAUUGUUGUUGAUUAUUGCUAUUGAACAUUGUUUCAUAACGCCAACUGCUUUGCCAAGAACCCGGUCACUUUCACAUAACAGAAGAUCGAACAGUAUGGUAUAUAUCUAAGGAUCGCCACCCAUCUCGAACACCUUUUCACAAGGUCUCUGGAACUUAUUCCAUAUCUCCUUAUAUUCGAACCCUCAGCUUCGACAAUGGGGAGCACUAGGCCAUCAUGCCUAGUCUGCGAUGCAGCCGAGGGCAAAUACAAAUGCCCUCGCUGUAAUCUAUUCACGUGCUCGCUUCCUUGUUUCCAGGAGCAUCGUGACAGUCACCCUCUUGUAGAGGCUCCUGUCGAGGCACCGAAGCCAAUGGACACCACUGUCGUAGAGACAAGUAACGUUGACUACCAUGCUGGACGUCAGGAGGGCGAGACGUUCAAGGAAUCAGAGAUUGCCGAUAUGCCAGAAUAUGCAGCACUCAUUCAGAAGUACCCCAACCUGGAGAGUCUGCUCUGGAACAUUGCCGCCGCCACAGAUCCUCCCACCGCUGACGGUGGCGGUAAUUCUGCAUUCCCUGGCUCGAACAAAGGCUACCGUAAGACAAACCAGCCUUGGACGAAGGAUACGGGCUACGAAAAUGGCCUGGAGGUACUGCGCCGAACUCGAGAAACCCCGGGUAGCGAUAGAGACGCUCUGAGGGAGUACUGCGAGCUCGUUAGGCUCCGUUCGGCUAGGAUUGAGUCUGCCAAUGUUGCAGCCAAAAUCCGACGACAAUUCGCACAGGACGACGCAAAGGCCAUCCAAGAGCUCCUCGAGGCCGAGAAAUCCAAGGCUUUCUGAGAUUCUCAUAUGCCGACGACGACCUACGACAUGAGACAUCAAUGAUUAUGGUAUUUUCAAUGUGUUUUACCACCCUGAGGCUACCCCUACCUCUGUAAAGAUCCAGAAUGCUAUUCGAAUUAUCAAACGAGUCGCCUCAUCACUAUGUUCAUCGGUACUGUAUUUACUAGCCACCUACUUUAGUAGGGCUAGC